AUGACAAGUCAACUCAAUCGCGAUGGCGGAUUGAAGAAGCUUGUCAAGGGCAAGUUUGCACCCACCUGGCUGUCGUUGGGCACAUACUCGUGCUUGCAACGCCACCAGUCACUGGACCCUGUCACAGCGCAGACCACACUUACCAAAGAAGGUAGUCAUUCGGUCAACUCUCAACUCAGGGAUCCCUGCUUUCUCAUCCGGACUUCAUAUCCGGCCGCGGUACAUUCUGUAUUAGUCAGCAGGGAGAGUAUUUUCAGAGUCUCACUGCACAGUGUGGACCACUGUAUGCAUUCCACGAUUCACUGGCGGCUCUGUUCCAACAAUCAGUCCUUGCUGUCGCCCGAUUCUGACCCACGUGAUGAGCUGCGUCACUUGGCUCGCAAGUCGCCAAGAUUGACCGACCUGGGUCUUGAUUUCCCGCUUUCCUUUGACGCUCUGAAGUUCAAGGACGAUAUGCUGUUUCUUAAAACGCAACCUCGAACUCGCACCGCCAAGGCGACAUUAUUAUUUUUCCUUUUAUGCUGCCUCUUGAUCUUCACACCAGGUCUUUUACUCUCGGUCUUCCGCAGAGGUGGUACUUCCGGUGAUGGAAUCGCAGUGUCUAGCAGCAAUUCUACACUUGGCUUUGGCCACAUAUAUGUCGUGACACAACAAGGGUCGCCGCGUCGCAGGAGCAUUAUUCAGGCUGCCAAUGUCACAGAGUUACUUCUCAGCAUCCCUGUGCAGCCAAUCUGGACGGAAGCCGAACAGAACAACUUCAGACUGGCUCAAGGUUCAACCAUACGUCAGGGGUCGCUGCUCGCUUGGCUUGGCCACCUACACGCUUUGCAACAAUUUCUCGACUCCGGAGCUGAAACAGCAUUGUUUCUAGAGGAUGACGUUGAUUGGGAUAUCCACCUCCGUACAAUCCAAGCACCACUCGUGUCCGCUGCAGUGCGCAAUGUCCUCGGCAGGUCAUCGUCUGCCAUUGACGCGGAACGAUACCCGUAUGGCGAUCCAAGCGCCUGGGACCUGCUCUAUCUUGGUCACUGCGGCGACUACUGGCACGGCAUGGACAUAGAAUUUGUUGAUGGCCACGUCAAGCCCGAGGACCUUGAAGCGACACCACACAGUACUUUUACUGACCCGUCCAUGUUACAUUCCGACCAGCUACAUCCCUUUACCACAUCGUUGCUAAAGAACCUCGGCGUCGACGAACAUACUCGCCUAAUUCACCGUUCCGUCUUUCCGCUCUGCACCUUCGGCUAUGCCCUGUCACGCGGCGGUGCUCGCCGUCUGCUAGAACUGGGUCGUAAAGAGCCCUCGGAAGACGGCCAUAGGGCUUAUGAUGUGUUAGUCCUGCAUGGCUGCCGCAACUACGGAUUUCGCUGCUGGACCGUCAACCCUGAACUCUUUCACCAUGUCCCCGGACCCAGCUUGAUUGACUCCCAACAAGGCAACAAAGACCUACCGCCGGUAGACCUUGCAGCCAAAGACCAAAUUAGAGACCGUGGUGAGACACCGAACAUUAGCUGCGGAUUUUGGGAUGGUUCAUUUAGUUUUGAUGAUGAGGAUAGCGACCGCCUCAACUGGCUUCGACAGGAAGUAGCGUCAUUCCGGGCACCAAGUCCACCACAGUUCCCACCUAUAGUCAAAAGUAUCGAAAUUGCGCCUAGUCCAGAUGAGUUCCCUUGUGUCCGACCGAGGCGAGCGGGCUGGUGAAGAUAUCAAAAGGUGCAUGUUUCGCGUACAGCGAUGUUGCUUCUGGACUUGAAAUGGCAAUAAAUGACAGGAGCAGUACGUUGCUCGCAUAGGAAAUUUGAUUCACUGAUGCCUCAAGCAGCUCAUCUAUACAGACACGAGCAUCCACAGCCCGGUCACACAGAGACUGUCCAACACGACGAUCCAUUGGUAGUUUACGGCCAUGGACAAUGUUGAACUGGGAUGGACAGAAGGAAUCGGAUGCUGUGGUCUACUUUCGGGGAUGAGUGAACGCCUGGUCGUCGAUUCAGAGCACGUGAAGCUUGGUCGAGCAUGAGGCAGGGAGUGCAUGGCUUUACCCAUGCUGGCAUGCUUUGAACAAAAUCUGGGGAAGAUGCAUGUCAGGUGCUGGUAUGAUGAGAGAAGGGGUUGGUACUCGAGUCACGACUCACGAGUGUCAUUUUCAUGGUUGUUGGUUGUUGCACGCGCCGCUUCUACGUGCCUCAGACACAU